CUGGAGGCGAUGGGUCGAAAGGAAGAAGAUGACUGCAGUUCUUCCUGGAAGAAACAGACCACCAACAUCCGGAAAACCUUCAUCUUCAUGGAAGUGCUGGGAUCAGGAGCUUUUUCAGAAGUUUUCCUGGUGAAGCAAAGGAUGACUGGGAAGCUCUUCGCCCUGAAGUGCAUCAAGAAGUCCCCUGCCUUCCGAGACAGCAGCCUGGAGAACGAGAUCGCUGUGCUGAAAAAGAUCAAGCAUGAAAACAUUGUGACCCUGGAGGACAUCUACGAGAGCUCCACUCACUAUUACCUGGUCAUGCAGCUUGUCUCUGGUGGGGAGCUCUUUGACCGGAUCCUAGAGCGAGGUGUCUACACGGAGAAGGACGCCAGUGUGGUGAUCCAGCAGGUCUUGUCAGCAGUGAAAUACCUUCAUGAGAAUGGCAUCGUCCACAGAGACUUAAAGCCCUAUAAGAUUCCAGGCCCCCAGAAAGCUCCGGAAGUGCUGGCCCAGAAGCCCUAUAGCAAGGCCGUGGACUGCUGGUCCAUUGGUGUCAUCACCUACAUACUGCUGUGUGGGUAUCCCCCUUUCUACGAGGAAACUGAGUCUAAGCUUUUUGAGAAGAUCAAGGAGGGCUAUUAUGAGUUUGAGUCUCCGUUCUGGGAUGACAUUUCUGAGUCAGCCAAGGAUUUUAUUUGCCACUUGCUGGAGAAGGACCCGAAUGAGCGGUACACCUGUGAGAAGGCUUUGAAUCACCCCUGGAUUGACGGAAACACAGCCCUCCACCGGGACAUCUACCCAUCAGUCAGCCUCCAAAUCCAGAAGAACUUUGCUAAGAGCAAGUGGAGGCAAGCCUUCAACGCCGCAGCAGUGGUCCAUCACAUGAGGAAACUGCACAUGAACCUGCACAGCCCGGGCGUCCGCCCCGAGGUGGAGAACAGGCCGCCUGUCACUCAAGCCUCAGAGGCCUCUACACCCAGCUCCCCUGAGGUCACCAUCACCGAAGCACCCGUCCUGGACCAGAGUGUGGCACUCCCAGCACUGACCCGGCUGCCCUGCCAGCACGGCCGCCGGCCCACUGCCCCUGGUGGCAGGUCCCUCAACUGCCUCGUCAACGGCUCCCUCCGCAUCAGCAGCAGCCUGGUGCCCAUGCAACAGGGGCCCCUGGCUGCCCGGCCCUGCGGCUGCUGCUCUAGCUGCCUGAGCACUGGGAGCAAAGGGAAGUCCUCCUGCUGCUCCGAGCCCACACUCCUCAAAAAGGCCAACAAAAAACAGAAUUUCAAAUCAGAGGUCAUGGUGCCUGUGAAGGCUGGUGGCAGCUCCCACUGCCGGGCAGGGCAGACUGGAGUCUGCCUCAUUAUGUGA